AUGCUGACCUCAUCUCCAGAGUUCCAACCUGAGGCCCACAAGUUGGUCUCACCCGCAGUGUUCAUGUCAGAGGUCAACGUGGCGACCACAUCUCCAGAGCGACAGCUUGAGACCCACGAGGUGGUCGAAGAGGCGACCUCUCAAGCCAGUUUGAUAUCAGAGGUUUACAAGAUGGCCUCCCAAGACAAGUUCCUGUACCAGGUUGAAGAGAUGGCCUCCCAAGCCAAGUGCAUGUCUGAGGUUGACAAGAUCGACGAUGUGACCUUCAAUGCCACGUUCCAGUCUAAAACCAACGUCAUGACCAACCAAGUUAUCCUCACACCAGAGUCUGUUGAUACGACCAACCAAGUUUUCCUUAUGCCUGAAACUGACGUCAAGACCAACCAGGUUCUGCUCACGCCUGAAACCAUUGUCACGAACAUCCAGUUUCUGCUCACACCUGAAGCCGAUGUCACGAACAACCAAGUUCUGAUCAUGUUCUAUGAGGACGUCGUUCAGCCCUCCUGCUCCACUGAGGAUGUCGAUCCACCCUCCUGCUCUGCUGAGGACAUCGCUCUGCAUCCGUGCUCCGUUGAGGACAUUGCGCCGCCUCCGUGCUCCACUGAGGACGUCACUCUGCCUUCCUGCUCUGCUGAGGAUGCUGCUCAGUCUUCCGCUUCAGCUGAAGACAAUUUGCCCAAAGGGCCAGGUCCGCCAAGGGAGGGGAGUGUGUUCUGCUUUUACCUCUUGGCCGUGACCUCCCAGGCUGUAGGGGGCACCACAGAGACGCUAUGUAUCACGGUGAACCCCUAUAAAGAAGUCUCACUGGAAGUGAACCUGGAGCUUAAUGGCGACAGAGUGGUACUUCUGAAGGAAAUAUCUAUUAAACAAGAAUACUACCGCUGUAUCCCGUUCCAGGUUCCUGUCGUAAGCGUGGAAUCAGUAGCGUCUAUUGACAUUCAGAUAAAUGGAGAAAGCACAUUCCUGAACAAGACAACAAAGAUCCUCAUCAAACCUCCGACUUCUCUGAUUAUUAUUCAGACGGAUAAACCCAUCUACAAACCAGGACAAACUGUGAUGUUCCGCAUCAUCUCUCUGGAUUCCAAUUUCCUCACCUACAAUCAGACGUUUCCGACAAUAGAAGUGCAGGACCCAAAUUCGAACCGCAUUGGUCAGUGGCUGAACGUGCCCUCGUACGGCAGUUUUGUGGAUUUGUCAUAUCCCUUGAACUCUGAGGCCACACAAGGAUUUUAUGUCAUCACUGUCUGGAGCCAGAAAAAUGAAGAGAACACACAAUCCUUUGAAGUCAUGGACUACGUUCUGCCCACGUUUGAAGUGACGGUCCAACUUCCUCCAGUCAUAACCAUCCUGGACACACAGGCUACGCUGAAAGUGUGUGCUAAAUAUACAUACGGGAAGCCGGUGAAUGGGACGGUGAAGGCCAAAGUCUGCCAUAACAGCUACAGAUACUUCUGGUUCACACUAGAAAGCACAACCCUACCAGACAUCUGCAAGGACUAUAUAUUCAAGGUUAAUCAGCUUACUCUGAAACCAACAGAAUAUACUGACAGGACAGGCUGUGGAGAAAUUGUCUUAAAUCUGAAUGAAUAUGCUUUAACUGAUUCACGCUAUCAAGGUGUAAUCAACGUUCAGUGUGAUGUGGAAGAAUAUGGCACUGGUGUGACUCUGCCUGCUUCAGCCAGCUCUUUUAUAUCAUCUAAUAUCGUGACAAUUUCAUUUGAGAAUUCACCAACUGUGUUUAAGCUCGGAAUGACGUAUGAAGGAGAGGUUAAAGUGACCGGCCCAAACGACAGUCCAAUGAUAAAUAAAGUAGUGUUUCUGACUGCAGAGUAUGAAAUGACCAAAAGACCAGUUUUAUAUGUGGCAAAUCAGCUCACACCAUACUACCCCACAGCCUACCUCUAUCUUCAGCCUUUCUACUCCAAGAGCCUGAGUUUUAUUAAAUUGAGGAGCAGCUCGAUGCCUUUCAGCUGUGAUAAAAAUACUGUGAUUGAAGCGGAGUACAUGAUACGUGACGAAACACGCGUACGAUCGUAUAUGUCCUUCUUCUACAUGGUGAUGUCUAGAGGACAUUUGGUUCAGCAAGGACGUCUUUUGGUGGCUAUACCCUCAGGAAGAGUGGAGAUCAGAGGCACACUGUUUCUGUCACUGAGGAACACGCUACAGUUGUCCCCGGUUGCUCAGGUGGUCCUGUACACAAUCCUUUCCAGUGGUGAGGCUGUGGCAGACAGCAUGAACUUCCCAAUUCAGCUGUGUUUGGCUAACAAGGUGUCUCUGAAUUUCUCAGAAUCGUCUGAGCUUCCUGGUGCUAAGGUGUCAUUGAUCCUGAGAGCCACCCCAGGAUCACUGUGUUCAGUGAGGGCCAUCGAUCAGAGUCUAUUAUUGCUGCGACCAGAGGAGGAGCUCAACACGGAUUCUGUGUUCAACAUGCUGCCUGUGAAGACGUUAUCAGGAUAUCCAUACAACAUCGAUGACGAGGAUUCAUCCCAAUGCUCUGGGAACCCACCCAUCACCAACAUAUUUGCAAGACUUCGGCCAAUUUAUAUACCAACCUACGGAAAAAUCGACGUGUACAACACCUUUAAAGAUGUUGGAAUCAAAAUCCUCACCAAUGCCAUAGUCAAGAAACCUUCUGAGUGUUUGCCGUUUAUGAGGAAUGAGGUAGCCAUGGCUGCGUCAGCCCUCUUUGCCAGAGAUGUUUCAGCUGACUCGAGUUCAUCAACUGGAUCAGUCGCACCAGUCGUUACGAUCCGCAAAUAUUUCCCAGAGACGUGGAUUUGGGAUCUCGUUUCAGUCAGUCAGACUGGAGCAACUGUCGUUAUUAAAACGGUUCCGGACUCCAUCACUACAUGGCAGGCUGGUGCAUUUUGUACAUCACCUGUUGGGUUCGGAGUCGCACCGAAAACCCAGCUCACUGCCUUCCAGCCUUUCUUUGUGAGCCUCACCAUGCCGAGCUCCGUCAUCCGAGGAGAAGUGUUCACGCUCAAAGCCACCGUCUUCAACUACCUCCAAAGCUGCAUGAUGGUGAACGUGAGUUUGGCUGGCUCAAAUCAAUUCUCAGCACAAGUGUGUAAAGACUGCAGUUACACAAGCUGCCUGUGUGCUGACGAGAGCCAGACCUUCUCCUGGACCAUCACACCACUGGUUCUGGGGGAGGUAAGCAUCAAUGUGACGGCGGAGGCUGUGCAAUCAUCGACUCUGUGUGGGGAGAGUGCGGUUACUGUACCACAGAAAGGACGCAUAGACAUGGUCAUUAAAACACUGCAAGUGAAGGCUGAGGGAACCAAACUAUGCAAAAGCUACAAUGAACUUCUCUGUCCAGAUGGUAUUGUUCAGACAAAUGUCUCACUGAUUCUGCCUGCGGUGUUCGUGGAAGGUUCAGCCAUGGCCUCAGUCUCUGUCCUGGGAGAUCUGAUGGGCCGAGCUCUUCAGAACCUGGCGAGUCUCCUGGCGAUGCCAGGCGGCUGUGGAGAGCAAACCAUGCUGGUCUUCGCCCCCAACAUCUUCAUCCUGCUGUACCUGGAGAGCACUGACCAGCUCACGCCCCAGAUCAGGAGCACAGCCCUGACCUACCUCGUGAGCGGAUAUCAGAGAGAACUGACCUACAAACACACUGAUGGAUCUUACAGUGCUUUUGGGAUGAGUGAUCCAUCAGGCAACACAUGGUUGACGGCGUUCGUGAUGAAGUCUUUCGGAAGUGCCAAGCGAUACAUCUUUGUAGGUCAGGUGUUUGUAGAUCAGGCGAAGUCCUGGCUCGGUCAGCAGCAGCAGGCUAACGGAUGCUUUGCCUCAGUGGGACAACUCUUCCACACUGACAUGAAGGGAGGGGUGAAUGAUGAGGUGACUCUCUCGGCGUACGUCGCAGCUGCAAUGCUGGAGCUCAAUUAUACAAUUGCAGAUCCUGUGGUGAACAGGAGUCUCGAGUGCCUGAGGAAUGCGUACACUCAGGUGAACGCCACCUACGCCAAGGCUCUCCUUUUCUACACCUUCACUCUAGCUGGAGAUCAGGCGAUGAGGAACACUCUCAUCUCAGACCUGGAUGCAAAGGCCAUAGUCUCAGGGGGCGGGAGGUACUGGAGCAGAGUGGAUAGUGGGUCUGUGACGGACUCUUUGGAGGUGGAGAUUACCUCGUAUGUGCUUCUGGCUCUGAUGUCUGGACCCCAGCUCUCUGGGUUUGGCCUGGGUUACAGUACCAGCAUCGUCCGUUGGCUUUCUCAGCAGCAGAACGCCUAUGGGGGUUUCAGGUCUACACAGGACACUGUCGUGGCUCUCCAGGCUCUGGCGAAAUACAGUAUCAUCACCUACAGUCCAGCAGGAGCUGUUAAUGUUACUAUAACAUCACCAUCAGGGGUGAUUAACACGUUUAACAUCAAUCAGAGUAACAGGCUGCUGUAUCAGGAGAGUCAGCUACAGGAGGUUCCUGGAGAUUACAACAUCACAGCACAAGGGAAAGGCUGUGUGUACGUGCAGUUCACUUUGUGCUACAAUGUCCCUCCUCCUCCUGACCAGUCUGCAUUUACUAUCUCGGUCUUGGCAUUUGGAAAAUGCAAGGUCCCAAUUCUAUCUCUUGAAGUGAUCAUUAGUGUCAGGUAUAACGGUCAACGAUUGGAGACCAACAUGGUGAUCAUUAACGUCAAGCUUCUGUCUGGAUUCAGUGCGGACAAGACGUCUUCGACUGAUGGAUCUGUGAAACGUGUGGAUCAAGCUGAUGGUGAAGUCAUUAUCUACCUGAAUGGAUUGAAAAAAGGAGUGGAGAAGGUGUACACGCUGAGGAUCGUGCAGGACAUUGCAGUGGCGAAACUGAAACCAGCCGUUGUGAAGGUUUACGACUACUACGAGACCGGCGACUCUGCUGUAACUGACUACACCUCACCAUGCACUUAAUACAGAAAACGUGCGCUUUAAUCCAUCAUCUCUUUUCUUUUUCACUUUUUUCUCCAUAUUUUACUUUCAUCUACAGUAAAAACUUUGCAAUUUCAUAAACAUUUAGUAAGUACUAAAUGAUUUGUUAAAAAUUCCCAUUUCUUUAUAUUGUAGAUCAUCUACUUAAAAGUCUUUAUUCUGCAGAUGUAAUCACGAGGCAGUUCAUGAGGUGCUGAGCAAAAAUGUUAAUGAAAUGAUUAAAUGUGUCGAUCCUGAGCAGCGCAGCAGAAAUGUCUUCACCAUAUUGUUCACAUUUUGAAUUUGAACUCUGACAUAAAUUCUGAUAACUACUUACUUUUUUUCUUUCUGAAAACGAUCAGUAGCAUGAACAUAGUAUGACGAUGUCUGUUCAGAUGAAUUUCUUGAAGAUGACAAAAUACGGAUUAAAAUCUGAACGCUAAAUAUCAUUUUGUGGCUUUUCUUGAUUUACCUGCACGUUGUAAAGCUGUUAAUUUCUCUUUAAGUAAUGUAACUUUCAAAAGCACUUGAACAGUGAUGUAUAUGGCGUGUCUAAACAAUAAAACCUGUGCCUUCAUCUUUAUUUAGU